AUGAGAGGGCAAACUCUGAUCAGUCAGGCGGACAGUGCAGCGCCGUGCGGGUCCGAUCCACCUGUUGACUGCGUCCCGGCUCAGAAAGCUCACCUGCGGCAAGGCGGCGCGGAGGAACCCUUCGGGAUGGAGAGGCUGCUGAGGAAAUGUCACAUCAGAAACCAGCUGGUCAGGGAGUGCAUGGCCGAAUGCCUCGGAGUCUAUGUCCUGAUUCUGUUCGGAUGCGGCUCCGUUGCCCAGGUGACCACAACUGAAGCUAGGAAGGGGCAGUACCUGUCAAUCAAUCUGGGUUUUGCUCUGGGAGUAACAUUUGGGGUCUUUGUGUCUCGUGGAGUCUCAGGGGCCCACCUGAACCCGGCGAUGUCUCUGAGCUUGUGCGCGCUGGGCCGACAUCCCUGGAUGAAACUUCCUUUCUACGUCUUCUUCCAAGUGCUCGGAGCCUUUCUGGCUGCAGCCACCGUCUGCCUGCAGUACUACGACGCCAUCAUGGCGUACAGCAAAGGCGAGCUGACGGUGACGGGUGUCACUGCCACAGCGGGCAUAUUCGCCACCUACCCAGCGGACUACCUCAGUGUGUGGGGAGGAGUCGUGGACCAGGUGAUUGGCACAGCUGCACUGCUGCUGUGUGUCCUGGCUCUGGCUGACCAGCGGAACAGCUCCGUCCCGGAUGCUCUCCAGCCCGUCCUGGUGGGCGCAGUGGUUCUGGUUAUUGGCAUCUCGAUGGGCUCCAACAGCGGCUACGCCCUCAACCCCGCCAGGGAUUUUGGACCUCGACUGUUCACGUACAUCGCUGGCUGGGGACCGGAUGUUUUCAAGGCUGGAGGCGGCUGGUGGUGGGUGCCCAUCGUGGCUCCCUGUGUUGGGGCGCUGCUGGGAACUCUGAUCUACGAGCUGAUGAUUGAAGUCCACCAUCCUCUCCGCCCAUCUGAGUUGCAGACCUCAUCUCAGGACGCCACCGAGGGCCAGACGAGGCUGGAGCUGGAGCCGGACUGUGAGAAGGACUGUGAGAAGGACUGUGGAAACUGAAGCUGUGUCAAAGAACUGUCACAUGAACAGUAAACAUGACUUCUGUGAUCCCCUUGAA